CUCUGGCUUUAAAUUCCAUUUAAAUUGUUUUCAUUUUCAUCUGAUGCAUUGGGUUGUAAAUUGAAUUUAAACUUGUUUCAGUUUUAAUAUUGUUUAACAUCUAUUAUGGAUGUGUAUAUCUUUAUGCUAAUAUGUGUGUGCAUAUAGUGUAUGUUUGUCUUUGUGAAGGACUAUGGGGCAAAACCUGUUUGCUAAAGUGCUUUAUAAAUGACAUAAAUUUGAAACUUGAAAAUAAGACCCCGGCUAGAUGGGGUCAGGCAGGAACUGACUUACCCUGCUGGAAAUAUCAGAGCAAAAUAUUAUUAUUAUGUAUUUGUUCUAAGAAUAGUUUUGCAGUUUUAUUACAAAUCAAGCAACCAUACACAUAAUGUAGAGCAAUCAAAUCUCUGUUACAAAACUGAGCAUCAAAGUUUUACUGUGGUCGUACAUAGCUGUGCUGCAGUCACGGAAAACCACAGCAUUUUCUUACCGCUGUGAAGUGAAAGCAAAUUGCAGAAAACCACGGCUGUACAGUCGCUUCUAUUCUGAUCCUGUCUUCACACUUAUACACACACAUUGCUGUGUCUCACCGCCGUACUCAGCCCAUGCCCUGGGGCACUCUCUUCAUGACCAAUCAGAAAGAUACAGGAAGCUGUGUCCAGCAACACUCCCGACAAUUCACAUAAACUGCACCGACUGAGAAAUCAUCUUCGGGACGUAUGAAAGGAGCAAAGGCUGAAAAGAGAUAGCAGAAAACCCGAAAAGCGUGGAAACCACCGGACUGAAGAAUCUCAUAAGAACGUGCCAUUGCGGGGAUUGGGGCAUCCUCAUGACUCCACGAAAGGCUAAACUUGAUUUAGUUCAAGCCAUCCUUCUCACUAUGGAGAACUUGGUCAAAUCCAUCUGUUCUCCACCGAGACGUUGUACACCAGAGAAUGGGGAAACUCCCCUGCCAGAGGCCUUGGAUUCAAAGGACACUAUGAAGCAGUUUCUUUCAGACCGUGUUGUGAAGGCAGCGAGAUCAUUGUAUAAUGUUCUGAUCGAGAGGAACCCCGGCCUGAUCCGAGAUAGAAAGUAUCACCUCAAAACAUACAGACAGUGUUGUUCUGGUAAAGAACUGGUCGACUGGCUGAUGAAACAGAACGAAUGCCUCCAAUCAAGAAGCCAGGCAGUUGGGAUGUGGCAGGUGUUGGUGGAUGAGGGAAUCCUUGUUCAUGUGAAACACGAGUUGAACUUCCACGACAAGGACACCCAGUUCUAUCGCUUCCAAGACUCUGAGUUUGGCCUGAACCACAUAUCAAAUGAGAGGGACUCAGAGGACGAGCUGCAGGAAGGCCUGUCGCUGCUGUCUCAGCUGGGUCCUGAUGCUCUGCUCACUAUGAUUCUACGUAAAUGCCCCAGUCAGAGGAGUGCUGAGGACCUGGAGGUCAUCUACGAGGAGCUGCUCCACGUCAAGGCUGCUGCUCAUCUCUCCACCUCGGUGCGUAAGGAGCUGGCAGCGGUGCUGGUCUUUGAAUCACAUGCCAAGGCCGGAACAGUCUUGUUCAGUCAGGGGGAUAAAGGCACCUCGUGGUACAUCAUCUGGAAAGGCUCUGUAAACGUGAUCACACAUGGGAAGGGGCUGGUAACUACACUACAUGAGGGUGAGGACUUUGGGCAGCUAGCUUUGCUGAAUGAUGCACCUCGUGCUGCAACCAUUAUCUUGAGAGAAGACAACUGCCACUUCCUCCGUGUUGAUAAGCAGGACUUCAUACGCAUCCUCAAGGAUGUUGAGGCUAACACGGUGCGACUGGAGGAGCAUGGAAAAACCGUGCUGGUGUUGGAGAAGAGCGUCGAGUCGGCUGAGCAAGGAGGAGCAGGAAACAACAGCAAGUACACAGUCAUGUCAGGAACACCUGAGAAAAUCCUGGAACACCUACUGGAAACAGUAAAGUUGGAUUCUAAUGGAAAUGAUGCGAUAGAUCCCUGCGUGAGUGAUUUUCUGCUCACCCAUAAAGUCUUCAUGCCCUCCAGCCAGCUGUGUCCUGCACUACAGCACCACUACCAGGCCGAGCUCUCUGAGGGUUCAGAUCAGGAGAAGGCUGCUUACGUCCUCAACACCAAGCAGAAGGUAGUGAAGUUGGUUGGCCAGUGGGUGGCACUGUACGGCCUUCUGCUGAAAGAAGACCCUAUUGCUUUGGACUUUUUGGAGAGGUUGAAGAAGGAGGUGGCAGGUGAUUGCCGUCUGUCCAGUCUGCUGAAAGAACAAUUUAGGGAAAGGAGAAGAACAAAAGUGUUGGAGAAUGGAUAUCAGUCGCUGAGCAGGAACCAGCCAUUUGAUUGGUUUUCAAACUGCGAGGAGCCUGUGGGGAGGUUACAGCCAAUCAGAGCGCAGGAUAAAGUGUUGUAUGAGAUCUACAGGCCAGACAACAAACCUCUCACUCUGAUGCUCCCAGUGAACACGUCCGUACAGGAUGUGAUGUCAGCAACAGUCAAACCUGGCGGGGAUCACAUCCUGGUCAAAAUGAACUCCACAGGAGAAAGAGCUCAGUUAAAACUGGAUGCUACUGCAGUUUACACUGCCUUGGGACUCAACGAGAGACUGUUCAUCUGCACAAGCAGCCAAGUGGAACAACUGACGCCCCUGAAGGAGCAGCAGGGUCCAGAGCAAGGAACAAGCGACGUCCUUGAACAGAUGGGAUCUAAAGACAUCGCCAACGAACUCACAAAUUAUGACUGGGAGCUGUUCACUGCCAUGCAUGAGGUGGAGCUUGUCUACUACGUGUUCGGGCGUCAUAAGUUCCCCGGUGCCAUCACAGCCAACCUGGAAAGGUUUGUGCGUCGCUUCAAUGAGGUGCAGUACUGGGUGGUGACGGAGCUGUGCCUCUGUGAAGACCUGGUGAAACGAGCCAUUCUGCUGAAGAAGUUCAUCAAGAUUGCUGCCGUCUUAAAGGAGCAGAAGAAUCUCAAUUCAUUCUUCGCCGUGAUGUUUGGUUUGAGUAACAGUGCAGUACACAGACUUUACAAGACCUGGGAGAGAAUACCCAGCAAGACGAAAAGAAUUUACUGUGCUUAUGAGAGGUUGAUGGAUCCUUCACGCAACCACAGGGCCUACAGACUGGCUGUGGCCAAACUCAGUCCUCCUUACAUCCCCUUCAUGCCUCUGCUGCUCAAAGACAUGACAUUCAUCCAUGAGGGAAACCCAAACUAUGUAGACAAAUUGGUCAACUUUGAGAAGAUGCGCAUGAUUGCCAAAACAGUGAAAAUUGUACGAGGAUGCAGAAGCCAGCCUUAUGUGCCUUCGUCUCCACAGAGGGGCCUGGCAGAUCGGAUGUUUCUGGACGGGCCUGCUACUCGCAUAUCCACAUACUCAGACCACGCCCUCCCUCUGAGGAGUCCCAGCAACAUCCGACAUUACAUCCAGAACGUGAAGGUGAUUGACAACCAGCGCAAGCUUACGCAGCUAUCGAGAACAUUGGAAUGCUAGAACAUCAGCCUGUAAAUGUACAAAGACUGAAGAACUGUAGCACAAAUCUGAACCGGAGAACAGAUUCCAGCUGGAUUAACAAAGCUUCCAUACUUCUCUAAAUAAGAUGGACUUCUGGAGUUGAUGGAAAUUCACUGUAAUACAAGGAGUGUGGACAUCCAUGGAGAAGCUUUCUGCAUAGCGCAGCACUGAGAGUGAACAUGUGCAGUGUGCACAGUAAUGACCUCUAAUGCUGAACCAGAGAAUUCUGCAUCCACUGAACUCACAGGUUACUUUUUUUUUUUUAAAUCCGAAAAGCCUUACAGCACAAUGGUGUGCAAACAUUUCUGGUGUGUGUGUGUCACAGUGGAAACUGAUCCCCUCACAAAGGCAAUGUUACAACAUGUAUAGUUUGGCAGUAUUCCAGUCUUCGGUGUCAAAAUUCAUUUAUGUGACAUUUUGUAUACUGCUAUCUGUGGAGAACCACACUGGUGGUUCCACCAAAGGGCCAUAAGAACAUUCUACAAAUCUCUGCCAUAGUUAAUCACUUUAGGUCAGUUUUUUUUUUGUGCACUAGUAUUUUCACAUUAAAACUAAUGUGUUGUAUAAGAUCAUUUUUUUGGCAACUUACAUGCAUAUAAUUUCGUACAAUGUUGUUUUCUAAAUAAAUUAUUUUCUCAGUUAUGUGUAUUCAAUGAAAGAACAAGA